GAAGCCGAGCCGGGGGCGGGGCCGCGACGGAAGCUCCGGACCCGUCGCCCACCAGUCUCGGCGCGGGGUCGUCAAAGGCCUGGCGAACCCCUGCCCUAUCGCGUCCGGGCGACCCACAGCUCCCGCCCCUUUUCUCUGGGCUUUCUGGAGCGUCGCUCCUCGCACCACGUGCCCUUCUGGCCACGCCCCCAGCUGCCCUUUCCAACUGCCUGUUGGAAGCUGCCGUAAAAUGUCGUGAGCGGCGCUGCCGCUUUACGGCUGCCUCUCCCAGACCAGAGCCCGGGAGCGCCCACCGCCGUCAGCCCGGUCGCCAGGAGCCAGCCCCGCGGCGAGCGAGCGACCCGGCGCGCCCGCGCUCUCCCUGCCGCGCCCGCCCCGCCCCGGCGAUGUGAGCUCGAGGAGGCCGCCGUGCCCCUGGCCCGGGGUUGAGACGGGCGGCAGGUGCCAGUGAGGCGGGCGGGUGCGGGGGCCUGCAGGAUGGAGGAAAGCAUGGAAGAGGAGGAGUGGUGCAGCUACGAGGCGAUGAUGGACGACCAGAACCACAACAACUGGGAGGCCGCCGUGGACGGCUUCCGGCAGCCCCCGCCACCCCCGCCGCCCCCCUCGUCGAUCCCAGCCCCGGCCCGAGAGCCGCCGGGGGGGCAGCUGCUGGCGGUGCCCGCGGUGGCCGUGGACAGGAAAGGCCCCAAGGAGGGGCUGGCGAUGGGGCCGCCGCCGGAGGCCAACGGGGUGAUCAUGAUGUUGAAGAGCUGCGACGCGGCCGCCGCCGUGGCCAAGGCGGCCCCCGCCCCCACCCCCAGCUCCACCAUCAACAUCAACACCUCCACCUCCAAGUUCUUAAUGAAUGUUAUAACUAUUGAAGAUUAUAAGAGCACAUACUGGCCAAAAUUGGAUGGUGCCAUAGAUCAGCUUUUAACCCAGAGUCCUGGUGACUAUAUCCCCAUAUCCUAUGAACAGAUAUACAGUUGUGUGUAUAAAUGUGUAUGCCAGCAGCACUCAGAACAGAUGUAUAGUGAUCUGAUUAAGAAGAUAACUAAUCACUUACAGAGAGUCUCGAAGGAGCUGCAGGCCAGCCCUCCAGAUCUCUAUAUUGAAAGAUUUAAUAUAGCUCUUGGGCAAUAUAUGGGAGCAUUGCAGAGCAUUGUGCCUCUUUUCAUAUAUAUGAAUAAGUUUUACAUCGAAACCAAGCUUAACAGAGAUUUAAAAGAUGACCUCAUAAAGCUGUUUACGGAACAUGUCGCAGAAAAGCACAUCUGCAGUCUGAUGCCUUUACUUCUAGAAGCCCAGUCAACACCAUUUCAGGUCACACCUUCAACUAUGGCAAAUAUUGUGAAAGGCCUGUAUACUCUCAGACCAGAGUGGGUUCAGAUGGCUCCAACCCUAUUUUCUAAAUUUAUUCCAAACAUUCUCCCUCCGGCGGUGGAAUCCGAACUUUCUGAAUAUGCUGCUCAAGAUCAGAAACUUCAAAGAGAACUCAUACAGAACGGGUUCACGAGAGGUGACCAGUCCCGGAAGAGAGCUGGAGAAGAGUUGGCUUACAACAGCCCGUCAGCAUGUGCGAGUUCCAGAGGGUACAGAUAGUGAAUGUAUUGCAUGUACUUUCCUUCCUGAAGAGAGGACACACUGGAGCUGCAGAGACUGGGCAGAGCGGGGCCUGCGGGCGCUCAGGGGCUCUGCCACACGCUUUUCUCAGAAGAGGAUGUUGGACUUCAUACUUUGGUUUGUAAUUUUAAAAAACAAAAAAACUAACAAAAAAAAAACAAAAAAAAAAAACAAAACCAGUCAGUUGCUGCUAGACUUGGGGAUGAUUUUGAAAUGGGACAAUCUUUUAAUGAGUUUAUCUACAGAUUCUGUGAGGAACAAAUGUCUUGAAAAGUGACCGUGGCUAAGUGAGACCUGGCAGCCAAACUGAGCAGCUUCCUCCCAAAAUAGAACAGCAGAAGAAUCUUUUUUUUAAGCACUUGUUUUGUUCGUUUGUGGACUUGGCACUUUGGCAUAUGGGUUCCACACAUCAUGGUAUCUUUUGCUUUAAAAUCAAGCCGAUUGUUACAGUAUUUUCCACUCAUAACCAAAACAAAUCCAUUUAAAAGAGUUGGUCUUUGUUUAGCAUUAGCGAGUCUUGUUAAAAGAAAAUGCUAACUCUGCUUUCGCCCUAACCUUUCCCCAUCUGUUCACAACGUUUUUCUACUCUGUGCCUUGAGCUUUGUGCACUUUGCAACCCUGUGACCAUGUUGUCAGACUCAUAAAGGCUUCCCGAGAAAGCUGAUGGCCUUGCAGACUGGCCCCCGCUGUGUCGGGUGUCAGCAGCCCGCCACCUGGGGACAGUGGAAACGUGCAGCAGGCCGGUCAGAUCCUGCUUCCCCGAGCCCUGUGUCUGCUCACGCGGGGACUGUCAAGUGGCGGGAGGGACGAGGGACCUCACCAGCUGCUCCCGUGGCCUGGUGUGGGGAGACGGGUCCUGAGCGGGAGCGCUCCUUUAACCCAGUUGAGCACGACCCAGCAGUAAGACUGGUUCCUGUGAUGCUGUAGGAAGCAGAUACGGUUAUGAUUUCCAAAUAGAAUCAGUGGUGAGGGAUUCCUGAUCCACUUCCUUCCCAGUGGGUGAGAUACGUACUUCCGAGUCUGCAGGCCGCAUCUUUCACGUACCUUAUCUGAGGUGACAGGGAGCGAGCACUGCUGUUCUAGGCUCCCUUCCAGCUGUGGCAAAGCUGGAUUUUCUGUUUUUCUACACCCACAGUGCUACUUAUUUAGUUCUUUAUAAAAGGCUCUGAAGCUUAUUCUAGUUGUUUUUGACAGGCAAAGCAAAAUAGGAAGGUGUGACAGGAGAGAAAUAUGUUUCUUCUCAACUUUGCUUGAAUCUAAAUUGGGCAUGUGCUUGACUCUCUUUGGUAACGUCGGAUUUUACUCGGAUUUUACUCUCCUGAGGACCCAGGGCCAAGGGAUGACUAGGAGCGCUGUGCCCCGCUUCUGCCCUGCUGCUCGGUUUGUCCUGUGGGGAGACUGAGGGUAGAUGGGAGAGGUGGACGUGUGAUAGCGGGAGCAGGUCCUCAUCUAACACAAGGCCUCCGUUUGGGAGUUACUGUUCAGAGAGGCAAAUGGAAGGAUGUCAGAUUUAUUUUCUUAAGUACUUAACAGCUCCAGUUGGCAGAGUUUUGGAGGACUUUGCAUUGUACUCCUUCCACUCAGCAUCUCGGAUUGUGUUGAUGAGCACGAACUGCUGGGCUGAUCAUACAGGCUCUCACCUGCCCUGUGUGUUUGGAUUUGCCGCACCAGUCAUACUCUGGUGUCAAUCACGGAAGAAUUCCACUUCAUCAUGGAAUCUAAAUUUACUCUUCUCAAUGGAAUGCUUGCUGCAGGCUUAUGAAUAGUAUCUGCAACUGAAGUCUCCUUUAACUUUUAAUUUUUCCAAGAGGAAUAAAAUUGGAACAUUUCUUUAAGCGUGAAUGGACUUUUCAGUAUCCUUAUAAUAUAUCCAAGUGCUUUUUCUGGGAGAGAGUAUUUUUUGGGCCAACAACAGAACUUUCCUUAUAAAAAGCGUUGUAUUAUGUGAAUUGGCAUUAAAACCUUUGGAUGCUUUUGCAUUAUUAGCGUAAUGGAGAAAUAUUUUAUUUUUGUCAUAGUAUGUAUGUGUUAACAAAAAGCAGGCAAAGUGAAGUCUGCAAAAUGGAGUUGCUCUAAAUCUUUGUACAGCGACUACAGCCAGCAUCGGGCCUGGGGUUGGUAUUGCGAGGCUGGUUGGGAAGGACACAGGGCUCUUUCCGCGCGCAGCCCGGCUGUCCUCUUCCUGGCCCAGGAGGCACCUGGCGGUGUGACCACAACCUUUCUUUCAAUUGGAAGUGAACCUUUCCUGUUUGAUCGGAACGCUUACCAACAUUCUUAGUUUGCAGCUUAAGUGAGAUUUGCCUUCCAUUUUGUGUUGACUAAACACUACUUGCCAGGAAGUAUUUUUCUUCUCCUGUUUGUUUGUAUUCUACUUGCCAAUACCUUGUCUAGUUUCUCCACCUCAGUUUAAUAUUGGCUUUUGAGGGGCCCACAUCAUCAGAGACAGAAUGUACCUUCUGCAGGUUGAUUGUCUCCUUCGUCUGAGGUGCUGGGCAGACCUGACACUGCCUGCGGCCCCACACGAGAGCCUCCAGAGGAAGCCAGACUGCUCACCAAAUGGGACUGUCGGCAGAGGGGUAAUUGCGAGAGUGGCAUACCUCUCUGGCAGUUGCCUUAAGCUUCAGUCAGUGUCAGCUCUUGUCCCAUGGUCACAGCUGUGCCCUCACCGGUGGGAACUGUGUUUUUGUUUUCUGUGGGGCAGAAAGCCACACCUGGGGUAGCAUCUGGCUAACCGGUAGUUCUUAGGUAGACUUAGCAGAAGCCGAGAGUUUGCAUUAUUAAGUUUGUUCCUCUCCCCUUUACAAGUUUGAGGCAGCCCCCUCCCCUCCUUCAGGGUUUCCGGAUGAAAAGUGAUGUCUGAGUGAAACUGCAGAAUGGGCGCCUUGGUCAGCCUCCCUCGGAGCUGCCACCUGCUGCAGGCCAUGCUUUCUAUCGGAUUGCACAUUUGCACACACAAAGAAUUCCUCAGGAAGAGUUUGCACGCGCAUCACCUCCAAUUCUGGACCGUCCGAACAAGGGAUUCGAAAGGUUCUUAGCACAAGAGGAAAACGCAGGAAACGGGCAGGGCCUGAGCGCCAGCUUGGGAACACCCGCUGCGGCUGACCGCCCGCCGGCUUCUGCGGUCCUGACUGCGCAGGCGCGUGCCUGUCCAGGUAGCUGGCACACCUGAUUCCGGAGCAGGCCUUUCAGAUGCGCUCAUCGUAGUGAGGCUGGCUGUAUUUUCUGAUGCGUUUUUUUGUUUUAUUGCAGUUAAUUGUUUCCAUGAUCAUUAUGCAAGCGGCAAUGCCCUUGAGCUACAUUCAUUUGUUUAAUAAGCAGCUGUUAUUAAAAUAAGCAAACUUUGUUUUAUAAAUAUACACUAAUCUGAGGUAAUAAAGACUUUACAACUUUAAAGCAAAACUAAAGACCUACAUUAGCUAACCAGUCAUUGUUAGAAUGUUUUGAUUUUUUAAAAAUAAUGAUUCGUGUUGAGCUUCUUAGCUCAGGGUAUUAUGUUUACUUUAAUCCAGGUCUGGGCCUCUUAAGGCAACGUUAAAAUUUAAGAUCAGAAUGUGACUGAGACCUGUAAGAGGUUUCUAGGGCCUCUUGUUGUGAUUACUGUUUUUAGUCAUAUUGUGUAACAUGAAGUUCACAUUUAUCGAAGUUAAAUAGAGUUCACACUCCUGUUACUUUUAUCACCUUGCUGAAAUGGCCCUGGGUUCUGGCCUCCAGGACACGUGACCCCUGUUCUUUCCCAAUGGAAAUGAUUCUUCUUCUGUCCUGGCUGUUUGUUAGCUGAGUCAUUGACACUUCCCCAUCUCCACUGUCCCCAACCCUCAAUGGGGCCUCUUUCAGCAGAAGGGGCACAGGUACUUGGACUGGGCCUGCGUUUGCCCAUGACUGGAGAGACCUUAAGGGCUCCUGCUCAGAGGGCCAUUCUUCUGGGACUCUGGCGCACACUGCCCCCUGCUGGUCGGAAGUUGUCAUCAUUUCUGGUUGGACCGCAUUGUUAAGGAAAAUGUUAAUGGCUUACACUUUCCGGACGUGUAUAGUGUGGCUCUGGGGUGAAUUCUGUGGUUUGAAAAAAUAAAUAUUUUGUAUUGAUUCUCA